GAGGCCCUUUUCGCUGAAGAGUCCCAGGAGCGCAUGGCCCCGCCCUCCUGUCCCCUCUCCCCCGCCUCUCCCCGAUCUUUUCGCUUUCUCCUCCCCUCCCCUCCUGGGGAGGGUGACCGGGCUCGAACCCGGAAGCGCUUUCCCUUCCUGGUGACACCUCACCAGCCACCUCAGCCGGAGGAGUGAGUGAGGUGGCUCGGCGCGAAGCUGCUCUAGAGCCCGGAAUUUUGCUCUCGGCGCAUGUUCUGCCGGUGCCUCCUCUUGGCUACUGUGACUCGUCUUCGUGCCCCGACUCUUAGGCUCUCCUCUCUCGCUACCGCUUUUUUCCCUUUUCCUCGGCGCCUGCUCCUCCUCAUGAAGCCGGUGGUUGUCUUCGUUCUCGGUGGGCCCGGCGCGGGCAAAGGGACACAGUGCGCCCGCAUUGUGGCGAAAUAUGGUUACACCCAUCUCUCUGCUGGUGACCUUCUUCGAGAUGAGAGAAAGAGACCAGGCUCUCAGUAUGGGGAGCUCAUCGAAAGUUAUAUUAAAGAUGGGAAAAUUGUACCUGUUGAGAUAACAAUCAGCUUGUUAAAGCGGGCUAUGGAUGAAACCAUGGCAGCCAAUGCACAGAAGAAUAAAUUCUUAAUUGACGGAUUUCCCAGAAAUGAAGACAACCUCCAGGGCUGGAACAAAACAAUGGAUGGAAAAGCAGAUGUAUCUUUUGUUCUCUUUUUUGACUGUGACAAUGAGAUAUGUAUUAACCGCUGCCUUGAAAGAGGAAAAAGCAGCGGCAGAAGUGAUGACAACAGAGAGAGUUUGGAGAAGAGAAUUCAUACAUAUCUAGAGUCCACUAAGCCCAUAAUAGACCUCUAUGAGAAGAUGGGAAAAGUUAAGAAAGUGGAUGCCUCCAAAUCUGUUGAUGAAGUUUUUAAUAAAGUCGUGAACAUCUUUGAUAAAGAAGGCUAGCUCUCUAUAAGAACACUUUUUUCAAACAUGCUUGAAUCUUCCUUUAAGAGCUGCUACUAUAGUCAGUUUUUGUAACGGUGAUAAAAUACACUUUUUACAAUAUUUCUGUGUUUAAAACUGUUUAAAAUGGAUAAUUAUUUGAAAGUAUCAUUUAAAAUGUAAAUUAAAAGUGGCUUGUCAUUAAGGUAGAUACAUUCAAACUGAACUGAAGCUAGUAAGGAACUUUAAAUACGGAGCAAAGAUAGCAAUCAAAUGCUAAACUUAGUUAUUUCCAGGAAGCAUGUGGCUAACCUCUUUCUGUUGUAUGCCUUUCAUAGGCAUCAAUACUUUUUUCUAUUGCCAAAAGCCAUGUUAUUUUUAGAAUCCCAUAUACUGAAAUGUAAAUAUAAGCAAAAGCGCCCAUUUGAGAGAGAGAGAGAGAGAGAGAGAGUGUGUGUGUGUGUGUAGUUUUGGACCAAAUAUAGGGAAACUAUGGUGGUGUUUUUGUGUUUUUGUUUUUACUUAUUAAAAGAUCCAAGGGGUCUUUCCUUUUGAAUGACAGGCAGUUUCUGCAGACAAAAUCUUAAGCAGAGCAUGUCAUUUUGAUUUAGUAUUUCUUGCCUAUCUGAUUACUAAAAAUAAACCUUAUUACACACCCCAGUAUUGGGCACAUUGCUUAGAAGUUAAGUGGUUUCUCAUAUGCAUGUGCGCGCACACACACACACACACACACACACACACACACGCACGCACGCAAUUGCGGAGAAAGGAGCCAUUCUGCAUGAAGAAGGGCAAGUGACUUUCUCAGAGAAUGGGGAUCUACAGUAUCAGGAGGUUACAAGGAUUAUGUUUUAUGACCAGUUGGUCACAUACUGAUUUAAUGUUGUGUUUGUGGAACUACGUUUCCCGUGUACAAUGGAGGACUUUUGCUGAUCCCUCUUUCUCUGAUGCCUCCCAUAUGUCCCUGGGGGUUGGGGGUCCCUCGGGGCAUAGUUUUUUGUGGGGCAUUGGGGGCAACAGAGGGAAGGAGGGAAUCAGUGGAAUCACCCCUCGCUUUGUGCAAGUGGAAUUAUUUUUGUGAGUUUGAUGUUAGGAAGAGAGCCAAUGUGUUUAGAACUGAGGUGUCAUAUAGGGACAAUGCACUGUAGAUGUUUGUAUCUUCUCAAGGCCUAUAUUACUUGCAUAUUUGUGGUACCUACAGGUUUAAGAAUUUUGAAGGAGAACUUUGAAAUCUGGUAUGUGUUUGAGAGCAGCUAUUACAUCAGUUUCCAUCUGCUGUAGAUUCUAUUUGCAUGAUACAAUAAUUCUCUAACAUUUUUUGUAACAACUUUUAAGUGGAAUGCUUUUUUAAUAUUCGAUGACUUGAAAUUUGUUUGCUUGGGACAGGAAGGAGGGGAAUAUUUUUAUGAUUGAUUCUUUCCCCUAAAUUAGUGUAAUUUGAAGUACAGUUUGACUGACGUAUGCUCUUGAGAUGGUUUGACCAAUGUAAUAUAUAUUGCUGAAAUUAAAUAUAUUAAAUCUUGUUUAAAUUUAGUGCAGUGCUGGUGGCAGAAAUACAUUUUAAAUAAAUUGAUAAUUGGAUGGGAAAAUAUACUAGAGUGUGUUUGCACAGCUGUUCUAAUUGCACCUUUAUUAAGCUUAAAAUAUGUGCAGAAAAAAUAAGGUUUAAAUAUGUAUUGCUUCAAGCAUCAUUGGACAGAGCCUGUAGGUUACAUACUUUUUAGGUUUAUCCAACUUUUUUUUUCUAUUUCAACAGCCAUUUGAACUGAUUGUGUUUACAGCCAUGAAAGAUUCUUUCUAAUUAUGUUUAUCUCACUCUUGAUAAUAGCAUUGGUAUUGCUUUAUUUUGACUUUAAUGAAAAUAGAAUUAAGAAACUGCAAUUGACUUUGCACAUGCUUCACUGUACUUCCCCAGAAGUACAAUUGCCAGUAUGAAGAUGUCAUUCCAGGAAUGAGAUAAGUGUGCAUUAGAGUACAAAGCAGUACAAAAAACUAGUACAAAAUACAUUGUGGGAAACUGCAAAAUUGAAAAAUGCUGCUACUUUAUGGUUAUCUUUGAAGAAGAUAACCUCUUGUUUGGGUGUGUCACCUCACAGUUUAUUCUAGAGCUGUGAAUUUCAAAUUGCCUACCUUCAGGGAAACAUUUGUCUGUCUAUUUAUCUGUCAAGGAACUUCUGCAUGUUGCACAGGAUUCUGAGAAGCACUUCAGGAUUUUUGCUGAGGUGUUGCUCCAUGCAAACUGAGUGCAGCCUGUCACACACAUUACAUAGAAAAUUGUUAAUGCCCGACAAACUGUCUUUCAGAGAGGCUUAUCCACCCACCACAGUCAGUUUUCUUACUGAAAAACCUCUAAUAAGCUUCUAUGGAACUACAGGUUUCCUGGGAACGCUGCUUAAAAACCGCUGUUCUAGAGGAUGAAUGAACUACUCACACCUGGUUCUAUACUAACAAUCACUAAUAUUGAUUAGAAUCAUGGUGCUAUACAACUUUAAUAGACAUUGAAAAAUCUACUCUUCUCCCUUCCUGUUGUGAUUAGGAGUCCGUGUAAUUUAGUUGUUUUUGGAAACUUUUUUACGACCUAAAGAAGUGCAUUUGGAAGCAGGGCUCCUCCUUGCUGAAGCAAUAAUAAUGCAAUGAUGUGUUGAUAGUGAUAAUUUCUUCACAGGGGAUGAACUUGGUUCCUGUAAGCAUAUUGCUUUAUUCUGGUAGGUCUCCUCCUCAAUAGUUAUGACCCUGACAUCCUCCUCUGCCAUGGCUCUUAGGGAAAUGGCACAGCUAUUUUAAUACCUGGAAGGAAAUCUCACUAUCUAUUAAUAUAGAAGACACCCAGUCCUUUUAUUUACUCUCAUGGGAAAUGGCACGUAACCAAUGGACAUUAAUCCCACUUUCCCCAAGCACAAGCAGGAUUCAAAAUGGAUGUUUAUUAAAGCUUAUGCACAUUUGAAAACCCCAAUGGAGCUCAGUGGCUAGGAUGAUUUGGAGCCGAGAAGCAGCAGAAAAAGGCUUAACUGCCUCCUCCCUCCCUGCUACAUCUUCACUUUGAAUUGCUCUUGAAGCAGCUUUUCUUUUUUAGGGGAAAAAGAGUGAACUGUGGAAGUGGGGGUGGAGGGUAGAACCUUCUUGAAGUAGUUUUUCUUUUUUUCCAAAACUAAAAUACACCUUUGUCUAUAACAUUUACAUAUGCAGCAGAAUGAUCUUGUGGCAUGCUAAGGGGCUAGAAUGGAUAGCACCACUUCAGAUUGCAGUGGGGCAUCACACACACACAAUGCAACUAGAAAACCAGCACAGUAGGUUGGGCUACAACCUUGAUAUAUUAGAUUUCUAAUUGCAUUGAGUUUUCUACGUAGGGGGGUAUUCAGAAGUUAUCUGUAAUCUCCAAAAUAGCAUAGCCCAUUCUACUCUACCAUUACAUUUUGCUGCAUGGGUAGACCUAGUCUUAGUUUCGCUCUAUGUUGUAUAAAUCACAUUUUUGCUGCCCUCUCCCAUGUAGGGCAUACAAUCCCAUUGUAAUGAAUACCAGAGCGAGAAGAAGAAAGGGAAUUCAGCAGAAGUCAGGUUUAGAUUCAAUGAGGCAUGGCAUGUGCUCAAAAUGGUUCUGCGCAUGCAUGGAGUAGGGCCUGAAAAUCCCCAAGAGAGUGAAUGUGCACGUGCAGAACACCUUGCACAUCCCUUUGAAUCCUCACUUUUACCACUCUUCAGCCUCCUUCCAUAUGCAGAAACAUUGGUUAGAAUGUGCUGAGGGGUAAAGAUCCAUGAUCCUGUUUGUGUGCUUUUAAAUAUACCAGCAUAGUAUAUUUACUAAAGUGUUAUCAACAGAACCUUUUAGAAUAUCAUUCUAUAAAAAUAGACAUCAUACAAAAGACCUAUACUGUAUUAGUAUAGCAGUGUGUGGAUUUUAAGAAUAUUAGUGGCAAUAAAUGUAGCUGCCUUCUUGCGAUAUACUAUCUGUGUGCAAACUGAAGCAAGGAAAAUAGCUAUUGAAACUGUGCUACCAAUACUGAAUUUCAGGGUAAUUGUGCUGUCUGAACAAUUGGAAUAGGUUAUUUGUGUCAGUCCCUCAUUGCCAUAAUGCAGUGUUUUUCUCCAAGCUGACAUUCUUGUUGUGUGUGCCCCAUUUUCAGCAGCCAUAGACGAAUGUAUAAUUCUGUUUAGCAGCAAAUUGUAGAAAGCUUCUAAAAUGUUCUCAAAUAAAAUUUGUUCCAAAAUAA